UCUCCGAGACCCUGAGCGGCAGAAGCGCCCGGCUGAUUCGCCAAGGACCCUCGCGCCAUGGAGAGGCUGGGGAAGCAACGCAGCGCGCCCCUCCGGCUGGGGAUCUUGCUCCGGCACCUGCUUCCCCCCGCCGGAUUCACACCUUUUCCAACUUCAGCCCAGGUUGCUCCUGUGACAUGCCCAACGCAGUUCCGUUACACCUUGGAUAAUGACGUCUUAACUCCAGAGCAGAGACGUUUCUAUGAGGACAAUGGAUAUCUCGUCAUCAAAAAUCUGGUGGCUGAUGAAGAUAUUGAGCGCUUCAGAGAGGAGUUCAUAAAGAUAUGCAGAAAGGAAGUGAAGGUGCUUGGAAUAACCAUCAUGAAAGACAUCACCAUUGCCAAGUCUGAAGCCAACGAGAAUAACGUUUCCAAAUUGCAGGAUUUCAUCUAUAGCGAGGAGCUCUUUCGAUACUGCACCUUACCUCAGAUUGUAAAAUACGUCGAAUGCUUCACGGGGCCGGACAUCAUGGCUAUGCACACCAUGCUGAUCAAUAAACCUCCCGAUACAGGCAAGAAAACCUCUCGUCAUCCUUUGCAUCAGGAUCUUCAUUACUUCCCCUUCCGGCCUGCCGACCGAAUUGUUUGUGCCUGGACCGCAAUGCAAAAGGUGGACCGGACAAACGGAUGCUUGGUUGUGUUGCCAGGGACUCACAAGGGCUGCCUGAAGGAACACAAAUACCCGGAUUGGGAGGGUGGUGUGAACAAGCUGUACCAUGGGAUCCAUGACUACGACAAGAGUCUUCCCAGAGUCUACCUCCCCAUGGAGAAAGGAGACACCGUCUUCUUCCACCCCUUGAUCAUUCACGGCUCCGGAAGAAACAGGACGGAAGGAUUUCGGAAGGUUAUUUCUUGCCAUUACGCCAGUAGUGACUGCUACUAUAUUGACGUCAAAGGGACUAUCCAGGAAACUGUAGAGAAGGAAAUGGAAGAGAUAACAAGGCGGAAGUUUAAUAUUGUUGGUUCAUCGGUGGAUUUGAAACACGCUGUUAUGUUACGGUGUCGACUGGUUAAAGGGGAGAAAAAAAAUAUUUAAAACUCUGUUUGGAUUCAUUCUCCAAUCAGCGAAGAAGCCUCGGAAAAUUCAGCAUUUAUUUUUUCUUACUUUUGGGGGGAAGGGCUGUGCGGUUAGUAAUAAUCUCGAUAGCACUUUGAAGCGCUAUCUGCAUCUGGAACUCAAUUCAGGGCUGCAAUUCUAGGCACAUAAAUUGUGAGUUACAAUGACUAUGGUGAAAUUUCUUUCUGAGUAAAAAAAUAAAUGGUUAGAAUUUAA